GGCAGGCGGGGGGACCGGCGCUCGGGAGACUUCCUCGCUCGGCAAACGCUAUGGAUCUAUUUGACUUUUUCAGGGAUUGGGACCUGGAUCAGCAGUGUCACUAUGAACAAGAUCGGAAUGCACUUAAGAGAAAAGAAUGGGAGCGGAGAAAUCAAGAAGUCCAGCAGGAUGAAGAUCUCUUUGCCUCUGGCUUUAAUCUCUUUGGGGAGCCCUACAAGACUAAUAAAGGUGAUGCUCUUGCCAAUCGUGUCCAGAACACGCUGGGGAAUUAUGACGAGAUGAAGGACUUUCUGACGAACCAUUCAAACCAGAGUCACCUUGUAGGAAUCCCAAAAACCUCUGUGCCACAAACCCCAGUAGAUAAAAAUGAACAGAGCUUCUUCCCGGAACAAAGAAACCGGAUGAUCCCACCCCAUCAGAUUAGUGGGCACUCGUCAGCAUCAAUGCCCCCUCCACCUCCCAUCUCGUCAAAUUCUGGUUUGCUGCAUGGUCACCAGAGCAGCAGAAAAUCCAGGACUGACUGGUCCCGUGGCAGCCACAACUCCAGCAGUGGCCAGGCAAGUCAAUCCGGUAGCCAGCAGAAUAGGACAAAACAUAGCGCCUCUCACGAGCAGUUGCAAGGCAGGUAUGAUGACCUCUACACCUGCCCCAGUGAUCAGCAUAAAACUGGAGGAGCUGAGGAAGCCAACACAACACCAUCGUCGUCACACUCAAGAAGGCAUAACCAUUCCAAAACAACGGUGGUGGACCAUUCAUACAAAGAAAGCAGCCAUUCAAAGUCUCCAGUAGAUCUUGAUUUUCUGGGCCACGGUCCAGGAUCCCCACUCCCUUCCACCUCUUUGUUGUCUGCAAACAGCAGUCUUUCAACUCAGAACUUUCCUCCGGGCCUUCAUUGUAAGAGUAGCAUGACACAGCAAAAGCCUACUGCUUACGUUAGGCCAAUGGAUGGCCAGGACCAAGUUCCCAAUGACUCACCAGAACUGAAGCCACCUGUAGAAAUUGAAGGUGUGUAUGGAAACCAGCCCUUUGGAUCACUGAUGGAAGGAAAGUCUACUGGACCAGGCUCGAAGAAUAAACUGCCAAAGCUUACCAUCCCUCAAACUAGUGAGGUUAACCUUCCCAAUGAUUCCAACUGUGUGGAGGAAAUAUUACGGGAGAUGACCCAUUCCUGGCCUCCACCUCUCAGUGCUAUCCACACACCUGGGAAGGCAGAACAGAAUAAGUUUUCCAUUCCAAACAAAGUGCAGGAUUCACAGCAUCUGACCUCAGGAUAUAAUGUACAAAAAUGGAGUGAACCAGCUGGCAAAGUUGCAACCAAAUCAGUGCCACAGAAAUCAAUGCUUGAAGAUGAUCUGAAACUCAGCAGUGAUGAAGAUGAUAAUGAGCAGGCUGCUGAAAAGACAAAGCCUCGAAACAUUCCUGUAAAUGGCCUUCCAUUGACGACAACACAUAACACUGUCUUAGUACAUUCCAGCGGAGGCUCUGGGAGCUCCAGUGAAUCUGAGAGCAGCUCUGAAUCGGAUUCAGACAGUGAAACCAGCUCCAGUGACAGCGAAUGCAAUGAAGAGUCACGCAGUGGAACUCCAGAGCCUGAACCCCCCUCAGCUAACAAAUGGCAGCUGGAUAAAUGGUUGAACAAAGUCAAUCCCCACAACAAGACCAUCAUCAGCAGCCAGCAUGAGAGUCACAGUGAGAACACCUCACAAUCUCAGAACAACCCACCGAUUGAAGGACAGAACAAAGGGAAGCUGAGUGGCAGCCUGGCCCUGACUGAUUCCAAAGACAGGGCGCUACGUAGUCCCAUCCGUGAGAAAGCCAAACCCCGGGUUGCCCAGAAAGCUCCAGCAGAAGCAAAAAGUUCAAAGCAGAAGUCACCAGCUCACAAUGAACCCCCCUCCCAAAGGACUACCGGGAAAAAACAACCCAAAAAAGUAGAAAGGACUUCCAGUGCCGAAGACUACAAUUGGCCCAAACCAAAUAAUACCAGCAGCACACCCAAAGAGAAGGAAACCCAAGAGUCCCAAGAACAGCCAAAAGUUCGCAACAAGGUAACUGCUGGGAAGACUGCUCCAAGGAAAGAGCCAAGGACGAGUGUGGGACCUGCUCCUGAGAAGAAAAAGUACAGAGGCCCCAGCAAAACUAUUCCCAAAUCACGAGAAUUCGUGGAAACAGAUUCAUCCACCUCUGAUUCAAACACUGAUCAGGAAGAGGGCCUGCAGGCGAAGAACUUGCAGGCCUGCAGUGGCCCUGAUAACAGUAUUAAAGCCAAGGACUCCAGCAGUAACAUCCUCAGCGUAAGUAGCUUAACGAGCAACAGUAGCAAUACCUCCAUUGACCAAAAUGGCAACGAUUUAGAGGAGCAGCUUUUCUCACCUAUCCCAGUUGUGCAGAAUGAACCCCUUUCUCCACUCAAAGAGUUUGAAGAGCUCAAAUACCUUUGGGUGAAAAUAGACCUGAGUUUACUCUCUCGGAUCCCUGGACAAGACCCCUUUGAGAACACAUCUGGGAAAGCAGAACCCCGCGAGGUUAACACAAAGCACAGGCGACAAUCCCGAGAGUCCCCGACGCCAGCUGCUGAAAAACCCUCCACUAAAUCAAAAAGGAAGCACAAGCAGUCUGAGAAUUUGGAUGCAUUUGGAGAAAACAAGAAACAACGCCUGGAGGAGUCGUCUAUGUCUUGUCUGCUUCCGCCAUGCAUCUCUCCAAUACCCAAUCACAGAAUAACCAACACAAAAGACAACAAUGCAGUUAAAAAGGUGACUAAGAAGAGAGAAGAGAAGCUGUUGCCCCCACCUUUAUCUCCUUUGCUAGAUGAGACAGCACCCAGACGGAAUGACAGUGGCUCCUUCAACCAAGAGAAUAACCUGGCAAAUCCCUUGCAGGCCAGCAGCUGCUUCAAACACAGGAAAAAUGAGAACAAAUCCAACCCAAAGGGAAUCUGUGAGGAAGACUCCCACAGCAGGCCCACACUGCUUGACUCCAGCCAUCUCGACAAUGAUAUCUGGUCUGCAGCACCUGCCUUCGCCAAUGGGGAUCCUGAGCCAAGAAGACCUAAAAUCACGUUUGAUGAUAUGCUCCACAAUGCAGAUUACUACAUGCAAGAGGCCAAGAAGCUAAAGCACAAAGCAGAUGCCCUGCUGGAAAAGUUUGGCAAAGCUGUCAAUUAUGCUGAUGCUGCUCUUUCCUUCAUCGAGUGUGGCAAUGCUAUGGAGCGCGAUCCAUUAGAGGCAAAAUCUCCGUACACCAUGUACUCGGAGACUGUGGAACUCAUCAGGUAUGCAAUGAGGCUCAAAAACUUCACAGGCUCUUCUGCUACAGAAGGAGACAAGAAGCUAGCAGUUUUAUGCUACCGAUGCUUAUCUCUUCUCUACCUGAGAAUGUUCAAACUAAAGAAGGACCAUGCUAUGAAGUACUCCAGAUCACUGAUGGAAUACUUUAAGAAUUCUUCGAAAGUUUCACAGGCCCCUUCUCCUUGGGGAGGCAAUGGAAAGAGCACAGAAACACCAUCCCCUAUGUCCCUGAGCCCAUCGCCCAUCAGCUCUCUUGGGACUGCCACAGCCACUGCAGGGUCCUCCUCUGCAGGGACCAUCACCAUUCCCCAGCGCAUUCACCACAUGGCUGCCAGCCACGUCAAUAUCACCAACAAUGUCCUGAGGAGCUACGAGCACUGGGACAUGGCCGACAAGCUGACAAAAGAGAACAAAGAGUUCUUCAUAGACCUGGACUCCGUGAUGGGUCCCUUAACACAACACAGCAGUAUGACCAACUUGGUCCGUUAUGUUCGGCAAGGACUCCAUUGGCUUCGCAUUGAAGCACAUUUGUUGUAGUGACUGCCAUCCUGUUCAUCACAGCUCUGUCCUGUUAACUUCUGCGGGUGCACAGGCGAUCACUGGUGGAACACCACUCUUUUCUGGAACUGUACUCAUAGAGCUUAAUUUUUAUUGCUUUUUUUCCUCCUUAAAACAAAAAAAGAAAGGAAUUAUUCUCCUCUGCCAGAAGUGGAACUCGUCAUAAAUGAAACAUAUGGCUCCAGAAGCAGGGUAUGUGUUUGUACCGUUUAAUCAGUUUUGGACUCUUUUCUUUGCCUUGCAUCUCCUGGAUCCUGCCAUUCUUGCCAUCCAUAAUGUGCUUUAUGGAACGGUAGAUUCCCAGCAGUAUUGCACUUUGUUGCAGAUAUGGAUUCUUGAGCAAAAUGUCUUAAAUCUUUGAGGGCAAGUAUGAAAAGUCCCCUUGGAAAACAAAUAAUGAGAAGUUCAGCUGUCCAGUUGGAAAUUGCCCUUUGGACACAGACCAUGUCAUUCACGGCAGCACUAUUCAAUGCAAGUUGUUGGUAAGAUUUCAGAAACUCUGCAGUUACAACCCUGGUUGUAUAGCACAAGAGCUAUGGGAUAUUUUUAUAUCAAUUCCUAAGCAAUGCAAUUUUUGUAGUUUGGUUCUGUUGACUUGACUUACAGUUUUAGCACAACAGUACAAAGCUGUUUUUAAGCCAACUGCAGCACCCUCUCAGUUGGUGCUAUCAUCUUUUGAACACAAAAGCACCUGGCUUGAACUUGCUUUAGGGCCUAUCCAUAUAAUUCUAAAUUGAGGUAUCUGGAAGGAGCUAGCUCCGCGGCUUCUGGACUAGAUGCAUCAGGUGCAUCUGCUCUAGUUGGUCUCUACCACAUGGCUGUCAAGGAUCUAUAUUGGCAUGUACUGCUGAGUACUGCAGUGCUGAAGGAGCCGCUGGGAAGUCCACCAUGGUGCACCUCCAGGCUGGCCUUUAGAAACAAACAUAAGCAAAUGCAUCAUCACUAGCCUUUGACAGCGUAGAGAUGUGGUAUGAAGGCAUAUGAUGCAGCAACUUUGCUGAAGCUAAGCAGGCUUAGGUCUGUCCAAGGCAUAGGUGGAAGACCACAUGGAGCAUCCGCCCUAAGCUCCCUAAAGCGAGCAGUAUAUAAAUGCAAUACAGAGCAAUAGUGCACAUAGGCACCAGGGUGGCAUCAGUAGUGCUCAGCCUGGCUCCCUCUUCCUCUCUGAGGUGUAUUCACUGCUAUAUUUGUGAACACCCUAUUCCAUUUCCCAUGCAGCCUACAUAGCUGGCUUCCUGCACUCACUAUGGCUGCAUUUCUGUAGUAUGCAGUUCUUGGGACAGCUUUCCUGGAUGAAAGUUACUGUGUGUGAGAUGCCACCAUGUGCACACCUUUGCAAAGGAAUCCAUUAGGACACUAAUGGAACAAUGCCGUCCCUGUUUCCAGUACCCUGAGCAGUAAGAGAUGCCUGCGUGGGGCUUCCAUAGCUGCAUAUGAAAUAUGGAGCUCCAUGAGACCACAGUGCUCAUUUCCCAUGUGCUCGCUUCCAUCUCCCUGGACCUCCUAGCACAAUCCGGGGCGGGGGGGGGGGCCUGCUUGUGCAAAGUUGUAUGGCCCUUCUAAUUGACUGCAGCUGGAAUUCAUAGAAGAGGUUAACCUGCAGGGCUUAGCUGGUGCUCCGACUCCCCAGUGCUCAAUCCCAUCAUCUUUUUCCAACAUCAGGGCAUGAGCUGGAAGCAUUGGAAGCAAUACCUAGGGAAUGUACCCCUAUGCAGAGUGCAUUUCCUUCACCACAAAAAGUUCCCAUCCUUCAAGAAUUAGGGAAGGGCUUCCAGAUGGGGGAGACUGGGGUGUCCACACAGACUUCCACCCUGGCAUGGAUCCAGAGAGCAUUGGAUCCAGAGAGCAUUGAGCAUGAAUAGAAGGUUUGUUCCUUUGUGCAAAGAGAGAGAUGUCUGAUUGCCACUGACUUCCUUCCACUACUGCUACCUGUGUUGCAAUGAAUGCCUUUGGGGCAAGUUUAAGGCUUUCUGCUGCAGCAGUAAGGAGAGGGCAGGAAAGCCCCAAUGUCCCGGGGACACUCUUUGACUGCCUGACAUCCCAUUCAUAGUUCUAACUAUUUUGGACCAAGAUAUCCCAUACCUCUUUGGAUCAAAAGAAAAUACAUCAACAAUCCCCUCUCUCUUUUUUGUUUGUUUUCAUCAAUUUUAUGACAAAUAGCACAGGGUGAAAAAAAAUUAAUUUGUUGUCCUGGUUAAUAAAUUUUAUACCAUUUUGCUGCAGUGUCCUUGUGACUUAGCAAUUUAACUGUAAAUUUCACUUGGGAAAAAAGCUGAUUCCAUGACAAUGUAAAUACCAUUCUGUGUUGCAUCUCUCUGGAAUAAUGUUCCAUAUGUAGUAGAUAACAAUUAAGAGGAGAGUUAAUUGUAGCUACAUUCUCUUUUAUAAUCCUGUAUCCUCUACUGCUUGGUAACUAGCAUUUCAAAGGUGCACACUUGCUAGGAUUUGAACCCAAGUCUUGCAUCUGCGUGACAAGAGCAUUUUUAAUAUUUCAGCCCUCAAGCAAUUUUU